AUGAUCGGCUUCGCGGGCUGCUUCAUCGUCGCGCUCGGCCUAUGGGUCGCCACCGGCAUCGCCUUCUCCUGGAUCGCUGUCAACAAUCCCCGAUACGGAAAGCGAGCCUUCGCGAGCGGUAUGCAGAUCACCAUCGGUAACUGCUCAGGUGUUGCAGCACCUUUCUUGUACGCCGCCGACACCGCGCCAACAUACAUUCCGGGCUACGGAGCUACUAUCGGGCUGCUAGCCCUCGGUAUCGCGAUCUACAUUGCGCUGCACUUCUACUUCCGCAUGAAGAAUAACAGGAAGCUGUCUGGCAAAGAGGACUGGAGGAUCGAGGGUAAGACUGAAGAGGAGAUUGCUGAGAUGGGUGAGGAUAACCCGAGGUAUCUGUACACGAUCUAG